AGUCACCUUGAUAGAAGACCUACUUGACAGGCUCUUGCAAAAGUAUAUUAUUGUAACAAAAGCCCAGAAAACGUUACAGCUAACUACAGUAAAGAGAUACCAAGAUAUAUGCGACAAAAUGGGAGCGCAUAUAUCCAAACAGAAGAGCAAAAGGCGUAUAUACCUGUCAAAAGGCAAGGUGCCUAGGGCAUGGAAAAAAAUAUUCAAAAGGAAGAAGAAAUAUGUCGUUAUAGAGCAAGAUGAGGUAGACAGUGCAGAACCAUACACCCAUGAACACAGCAAAGCAAAGAAUGACACGGACACAAAUACACAAAGAAGUAUAUCCGUCGAAACAACAGCGAAUGGGAAUCUUGAAGUGUGUAUAGGGUAUGACAAUAUACCUUCGGAUACUUCUGAAUGGGAGAAGGAAAGCAUGUCUUCCUGUGAAAUACUGGACUCGGAACAAGAUAGACCAAGGCCUUCGUGUUCACUUCAGCGGAAUGAAAGUGACAGACGGACGGCCUACUCACCCGAUUCAGCAAUGGAUGUGUCCUACACAACAAACUUUUCCGGUGAUGACUGUGCUUUAUGCAAUGCGAACAAUACAGAGUAUAUGGUACAAGUCUUCAUGCCAACAUUACAGAGACAUUUGGAUGUGAAAGAGAUAUUACCGUAUCUACACUACAUUUGUCAUAAUGAUGCAAGAGCACUGUCAAAUACAGAGCCCCAAGAACUUGCUGUGAAGAAUCUUAUUGACACAAUACAGUGCAAAGUAGACCCACAAGAGCAGGGGAAAUGGGCAACUUUCCUUGUAGCCCUUGACAAAACAGGUAAUAUCUACCUACAUCAGUUGUUAACUGGCAAGACAGAAAAAGACCACUUCUUUACCAAUGAGAUCCUGAAGCUGAUGAAACCAAACCUUAUAAAUGAUAUUUGCCUUAAUGACGUAAUGGAUCACCUGAUCGAAAGGGAAAUCAUAAAUGAGGAAGAUCAAGGUUACAUUGAAAGUGCUGCGAAAAGUCAAGGACCAAUUCCCGCGAUAAGAAUAAUGCUCGAGAAGGUAGACAAGAGAUUACCAGACUGGGAUGCAAAAUUUACGGAAGUUCUUGACAAGGCUGGCAUGUCGGAAAUUGCAGAUGUGUUUAAGAUGGUAGAACACCAUGAGCAUGUUGGACCGAAAGGUGACGAGAACUUUAAAAAGAAAACCCAAAAUCGCAAGUUGAAGAAGGCAAAACGGGGGAAAUGUAGGUUGCACAAUCAAGUGCACAAUAUUCCUACCAAUGAUGCAAGUAAUGAGCCAGAAUCAAAAAGAAAGAAGAUGAGCGUCUGUCUAACUUCUGAAGACAACGGCGUAACAAAUGAGGCUUUUGCCAUGCCUUUAAACGUACAACAUGGGCACAAGGAAAACGAUAAAAUGAAAAAGUACACGGCAGAAAUAAAGGAUGUCCAAUCCUCGGUUGAGACAAUGAUGGUUAAACAGACAGAUCUGAUCAGCAAGAUGGAUGAUUUAAUGGACAUUAUGAACGAACAAAUGAUAAAGUCUGCAGAGGAACGAAACUUGUUGAAGCAACAGAUCUCGGAGCAAAGCCAGGCAUUGCAUUGCCUGACUCAAAUGGUUUCAAAACUGAUCACGAAUUGAGGUUUCUUCCAUGAAGAGCAUUUGGGAAAUGAUAUUUGAAGGAAAGAAAAAUAGUGUUGUAUUAAACUUUAUACUUGGGAUUGCAUGCACGUGUCAAUUAUUUUCAUGCUUAUAACAUGAUACAUCAGGUUCCUUUUUUUGUUUGCAUCUGAUUGUCAGACAUUUUCAGUACUAGAAAGGUGUCUUUGUUACCAGUUUUCAAUUGUUUACAUUUGAUCUCAAGACUUGGUGAGGGAAGAACAACGUGUUCUAUCUUUUUAUUAUAUAGUAGUCUUAUCUUUAUUUUCAUUUCUCCCAUUCCUCGUGUUAAAUGUGUUUUGUACAUCUUUUCAUACACAUAAUAUUCAUUUGUUCAAACACAAAUGUACAUUUCUUUAUAUACAUAUGUAUAAUUCUUCAUACAUUUAAUGUUGUUGUUUGUUGGUAAGUUGUGUUGUUGUAUGAAUACGAUUACGUUUACAUUUAUGAGAGACUAACGUUGCAUGUUCUGAUAUGUAUAGAUACAGAGAAGUUAUUGGAAAACAGCUGUACCAUGUAACAUAAUACUUGAGGGUGUAUAAUGUGUUUAGUUGAUAAAUAUUUUUGUGUGAAUGAAAUAAAGUGUAAUCAAGUAGUUACAAUAUAAGUUAUAUAUGA